AUGCAACAUACAGACGCAGUACCAACAGCCGAACAAAUUGAAUUAUAUGUACCAAGAAAAUGCGCUGCAAGUAAUAAAAUCAUCGCAGCUAAAGAUCAUGCUGCUGUUCAAUUAGAUAUUGCUGAAGUUGAUGAACAUACAGGACGUAUGACUGGAAAAAGCCGUACAUAUGCUUUAUGUGGUUCAAUUCGUUUGAUGGGUGAAGCUGAUGAUUCAAUUGUACGAUUGGCUACAAGAGAUGGAUUUGUUGGAAAAGGAUAUUAUGCUAAAGAAACAAAAUAA